ACGCAGGAUAGAUUUUCGAAAUUGCCUGCCUCUCCCAAACUCCCUCCCCAAACCUGCCUCACCCCUGGAUCUCCUUGCUUCCCGUGGCCUUAGGGAACCCGUACAGAACGAUUAUAAAUCUAGCUAGCUCUGCUAAGGAGGGUCUGUCCUGGCUUGACCCACUUAGUCUUGCUUGACGACAGAUCUUCCUCGAUCUACUCGCCUUCGUCGAUAGUGGCUCCGGUGUAUUAGUUUCCUGACGUGAUUGUUCUUUUUGUUACGGUCUUGACCCUCUAUUCGUCGGAAUUUGGAAUUGAUCCGUGGAGCUUGCUUCGUGGAGAUUGUACUUGAGCUCUCGCCGGUUGUAAGCUCGCCUUCCCAUGGCGUCCGCGGCAGCAACUGCGACAGCCAUGGACGUGGUCGCGCCGAAGCCGACCACUCUCGUCGAGACACGUCACGAUACUGACGUGGCCGUGGCUGACGAGGCCGGGCUGCACGAAGAUCUUUACGCGCGGCUCAAAUCUCUCCAACGUCAGCUCGAAUUCGUUGAGAUCCAGGAGGAGUAUAUUAAAGACGAGCAGAAGAACUUAAAGCGCGAGCUGCUACGGGCACAGGAGGAGGUAAAGCGGAUCCAGUCGGUCCCGCUCGUGAUUGGCCAAUUCCUCGAGAUGGUCGACGCGAACGCGGGGAUCGUCGGAUCGACCACCGGGUCGAACUACUACGUCCGGAUUCUAAGCACGAUUAAUCGCGAGCUGCUAAGGCCGUCGUCGUCCGUCGCGCUGCACCGGCACUCGAACGCGCUCGUCGACGUGCUGCCGCCCGAAGCCGACUCGAGCAUCUCGCUGCUGAGCCAAUCGGAGAAGCCCGACGUGACUUACACCGACAUCGGCGGGUGCGACAUUCAGAAGCAGGAGAUCCGCGAGGCCGUCGAGCUGCCCCUCACGCACUUCGAGCUGUACCAGCAGAUCGGCAUCGACCCGCCACGUGGCGUGCUGCUGUACGGCCCGCCCGGCACGGGCAAGACGAUGCUGGCCAAGGCCGUCGCGCACCACACCACGGCGGCGUUCAUCCGCGUCGUGGGGUCGGAGUUCGUGCAGAAGUACCUGGGAGAGGGUCCGCGCAUGGUGCGCGACGUGUUCCGCCUGGCGAAGGAGAACGCGCCUGCCAUCAUCUUCAUCGACGAGAUCGACGCCAUCGCCACCGCGCGCUUCGACGCGCAGACGGGCGCGGACCGCGAGGUGCAGCGCAUCCUCAUGGAGCUGCUCAACCAGAUGGACGGCUUUGACCAGACGGUGAACGUGAAGGUGAUCAUGGCCACCAACCGCGCUGACACGCUGGACCCCGCACUGCUCCGGCCAGGGCGGCUUGACAGGAAGAUCGAGUUCCCGCUGCCCGACAGGCGGCAGAAGCGCCUCGUGUUCCAGGUGUGCACGGCUAAGAUGAAUCUGAGUGAGGAGGUGGAGCUCGAGGACUAUGUCUCCCGCCCCGACAAGAUCUCUGCUGCUGAUAUCUCGGCCAUCUGCCAGGAGGCGGGCAUGCACGCAGUGCGCAAGAACCGGUACGUCAUUCUGCCCAAGGACUUUGACAAGGGGUACCGCUCACACGUCAAGAAGUCCGACACCGACUUUGAGUUCUACCGCUAGACAGGCUGUUGGGGGGAGGGGGAGGCAGGGAGGAGGAGAGAGGUGUGGGGAGGGAAGGUGUUGGAGAGAGUGGGUCGAGAGGGGUGCUGUAGGGUGCUGGUGCGGAAUGCUUUGUGAAGAGCAGGGGGGAUUGGUUGCUUGACAGUUGUACAGGUGGAGUUGGGCGGAAGUUGGGGGGAUGUGGAUGAGGAGGAAAGGAGGGGGCAGUGUGCGGUGCAGUGAGGGAAGGGUAGCAUUACCUGUGUUGUUGACUCUGACUUGACUGUCUGUUUGAGCACUGAGUACCGUAUGUUUCACUGUGCUCUUGUGUGACAACUAUGUACAUCUUUCAUUCUUCUGUGAAGAGUUUUUUCAACG